GUCGAAGGAGCACGCUCAGAAGCGCACUCGCUGUCUUUCGACGUCGUCGAAGCGUCGCUCGCGUCGUCGGUGUCAGUCCGGUCCGUGCGCGCGAGUCGAGAGACGCGCUCCGUAAGCACGUCCGAGCUUUCUCGUCCGUUUCUCUACUUUGCUUAUUUCCUCCCCUCUUUCUCUGUCUGUCUCUCUCUCUCUCUCUCUCUCUCUCUCUCUCUCUCUCUCUCUCUCCCUCUCUGUAAUAUUCAUAUUUCAUUUCUCUUCUUUUAACUUUCUCAUUUAUUCUUUUCGUGUCGCUACCCAAAGUACGAGGAUGAGUCCGUGUCGAUUCAUUGCAAGUACCGAGGCGUAGUUGCUGGAAAAAAAACAGGAAAAAAAAAUAAGUGCUCGAGAAAAAAAAAGAAAAGAAAGAAAGCUCUCUUUCGUGUUUUACAUUAAAAUACGAGAAAGUAAGAAGUAAGAAGUAGAAAAAUGGGGAAGGUGUACGAUUCAACCAACGAGUGCCGUCGCUGAGAAGAUGCCACCGCGGAAGAAGUACAAGACAUGAAGAAACUGCAAUCAAGGUUACCGUUCUCGUAUUGGACGACGAAUACAUUCGCUGACGAUGAUGACCGAGGAGAAUCGACCGAUUUACCACCCCUACUGGUAGCAACGUGCUCUACGAAGGACACGUGGGUUUCUUCCAGUCAGGGCAGGCGGUAGCAGAGCCGUGAUCAAAAUGAAUCUGAUAAACAUGGACGCGGAGAACCGCGUGGUUCUUAACGUGGGUGGGAUACGGCAUGAAACAUAUAAGGCAACCUUGAAGAAGAUCCCGGCGACGAGGCUCUCGAGAUUGACUGAAGCCCUCGCGAACUACGAUCCGAUCCUCAACGAAUACUUCUUCGAUAGGCAUCCAGGAGUCUUCGCUCAGGUUCUCAACUAUUAUCGCACUGGAAAGCUCCAUUAUCCCACGGACGUCUGCGGGCCACUUUUCGAAGAAGAACUCGACUUUUGGGGUCUCGACUCCAAUCAAGUCGAACCUUGUUGUUGGAUGACAUAUACCCAGCAUCGGGACACGCAGGAAACGCUGACGGUCCUGGACAGGUUGGAUUUGGACACGGAGAAGCCGACGGAUGAAGAACUGGCCAGAAAGUUUGGCUUCGAGGAAGCCUAUUACGAGGGCACUCUCACCUGGUGGCAAAAACUCAAGCCUCAAAUGUGGUCACUCUUCGACGAACCGUACUCCUCUCCUGCCGCCAAGGUAAUCAGCAUAGUUUCGGUCUUCUUCAUCUGCGUCUCCAUACUAUCAUUCUGCCUGAAGACUCAUCCUGACAUGCGAGUGCCAGUGAUAGUGAAUCGGCCGGUGAAAGCGGGCAACAUGACGUCUUGGGUGCUCGACAAAACGCGCACGAACGCCCACGACGUCUUCUUCUACAUCGAGUGUGUCUGCAACGCUUGGUUUACCCUGGAGUUCCUUAUACGGAUAACAGCAAGUCCAAAUCGUUGCGUCUUUAUAAAAAGUUCGGUCAAUUUGAUCGACAUGGUGGCAACAUUGAGUUUCUACCUUGACUUGGCAUUGCAACGAUUCGCAUCCCAUCUGGAAAACGCGGACUUUCUUGAAUUCUUGAGCAUCAUACGUAUAAUGAGGCUGUUUAAGCUCACCCGUCAUUCAUCCGGCCUGAAGAUUUUGAUCCAAACGUUCCGUGCCUCGGCAAAGGAACUGACCCUGCUGGUAUUCUUUCUUGUCCUCGGCAUCGUGAUAUUUGCAAGUCUGGUGUACUACGCCGAGAGGACCCAAUCAAAUCCAGAGAAUGACUUUAAGAGCAUACCUCUCGGCUUAUGGUGGGCUCUUGUGACGAUGACCACGGUUGGUUACGGGGACAUGGUACCGAAGACAUAUGUGGGAAUGUUCGUAGGCGCGCUAUGUGCCCUGGCCGGUGUCCUCACGAUCGCCCUGCCGGUGCCCGUGAUCGUCAGCAACUUUGCGAUGUAUUACAGUCACACGCAGGCGCGAGCCAAGCUACCAAAGAAGAGACGUCGUGUCUUACCCGUCGAACAACCAAGGGUCAGGGCGCCAGGCGCGCCUCCCGGUGUUGGACCAACUGGCAUUGGUGCUACUGGUGUUGGUGGAACCGUUGGUGGACCUCCUGGAAUUGGAGGACAUGGACCGGUCAGCCAACACACCACGACCGGUGGGGGCCCUCCGUCCUCUGGCGUUACGCAUGGACAGCAACCAGCUGGUGGUUGCCCUCCUCCUCAUCAGGGGCCUCAGAACCGUAGGAUGAACGCCAUCAAGACCAAUCAUCCCAAGGAUCCCUUCGCUACCAAAUCAGAGGAAGACCGGAGGAACUCUAACCUGCGGACCAACGGGACCAAGACUACUGGAGGCUUGGGUUAAGCCGAUAUCGAGGCUACUCUCCACUGCCGAUGCGUUCGCCGAACGGAAGAAGAAGACAGAGUUGAAGGUUAGAGGGAACAGCUCGCAAGUCCGCUCAAUGAUCAAUAAGCUUUGCGGACAUUUUUACGAUGAGACAGUUGGCGGCUGUCCUCCGGAGUACUCUCUUUCCCUCUCUUUCCCUCUCGCUCGCUCGUUCUCACUCUCUCCCUCUCUUCCUCUCCCCUCUAUCUAAUCUUUUCUCUCUUUCUCUCAUAAACGUAAAGCAAUCACGAUAUGACGUAGGACAUCCGAGCUAAAAUCUCUGAUCGCUUUGCAGAAAAAGGAUAUCAAACAAUAUUUACCAAUCUCCUUCAACAUUUUUAUUCCAAGCCCUUAUAAGUAUCAUAAAGUUACGAUUUGAUUGUUUUUCCCUUUACCUUUACCUUUAACCACAGGAGGUCCUUCUAUUUUCGGUCAGCAUUUCUUUAAGUAACGUGGCGAGCUAGGAAACCGGUAAAUAUAACUCGUAGGAAACAACGCUCGUUAAAUGUCGAAGAUAGCUUAUUCUCUACAUUAUAAAAGAUCGAGGUCAGGGGAAAAAGAAGAAGGAAAAAAGAGAAACGUUGAAAAAAAAAACGCGUAAUCGUGAGAGACUUUGAAAAGAGUGAACAACGGAUAUGUAAGUCGGAAGAAAAGAAAAUCGAAAAUUAGAAACGGAUUCUUUUCGUACGUUUGUAUGUUCGUUGUAGUCCUUUGACUUAUUCGCUGAAAUGCACGGAGCUUAUCGAUGUUCCGAUAUAUAAGGCUUACGCGUAAGCGAUCGUUCAAACUCAUCCGUUCCGGAAUGCACGCUACGGCCUAAGGUCGAUUCGGAACGUGUAUCGAGCGCUUGAGAUUUUCCAAUAUCAGCAUACUCGUUCGUUCCGUCCGACACGUUUGCGGACUCCGCCAACUCGUUGGCCCCAUCCAAACCAGCGCGAUUUUAGACUUACGAAUACGCUUCGGUACACCUGAAAAAGCAAUGGAUUCUUGAAAUUACAGCGAAUCGAUGUGCAUUUGAGAUAUAUACCCCUAUACAUAUAUGUAUAUACAUAUGUAUAUAUAUACAUAUAUAUAUAUAUAUAUAUAUAUAUAUAUAUAUGUAUAAACAUAUAUAUAUUAGAGAAAAGAUAGACCCGGAUCUAAAGUAGGAACCAGACGUAUCUAUCUUUCAGAUUAACUUGUUGAUCGAUGGAAGAGAUGCUUCGAAGGGACCAUGUCAAAAAUAUAUCUCUGUAUGAGUGAACGUAUGUAUGAAUGUAUAUAUACAAACAUCCUACAUAUCUAUCAAACGAAUCGUCGAACAGGAUAAUCGUGAUUUUUCAUUUAUACGUUUGCUUUUAACGAACGUCGUUUAACGACUUAAUGAAUUAAAGUCGGUCUUGUUCUUUUUAUGGCGAUAAGCGCUUUAUCAUCCCCAACCGCUUGAAGCGACAUCGGUAAUCGGGUUAGAUUCUAGGGGAUAAUCGAUACCGACGAUCUUUAAAUAGUCAACGAAAUGAGUUUUUCCCAAUCACUUUCUUUCUUUUUUCUUUUUCAGUUUUUUUUUCUUUUUCUUUUUUUUUCUUUAUUUUCACGAUCAGAAAGCGAAAACGGAAACUCUAAAAUUCUUUCUCGGAACUUUAACGAAACGACCCGUUUCGUUUAUUCUACUCUUUGACCACAGUCCGAUUAGAUGGUUACGCGUUUCGUAGACUCUGUAAACAACUUCGUCGCGCUUGUUUCUAACUAUAGCAAGAAACGUAAGUUCGGAGAAAACGUACAGGAGAAACGUACAGGAGAAAUUCUCAUUUUACGUUUUCUGUUUACAUUUUAUACUCGAGAUAAAAAAUUUAUUUAGACUAAAGUGUGACAUUUGUGUUAUAAUUAUACGAUUAUUAAAUAAAAUUUCCUAUUUUAUAUGCAUGAUAAAAUUUAUCGAUAUACAUUAAUGAAACAAAAGCGAUGGGAAGAUUCGAUAAAAAAAGAGAGAAACAGGGAAAGAGUAAGAGAAAGAGAGAAAGAGAGAGAGAGAGAGAGAGAGAGAGAGAAAGAAAGAGAGAAAUCAGUCAAGUAUAUAAUACGAAAAAGAAUAAAAAUAUGUAAGCGAAGCAUUAAGAGUUUCUAGCGUGUUCCUACGAAACGCAUAUUUUCGCGCGAAAUUAAUAUACAACACCAAACUUAGAAUUCCACAAGCACUUACAUAUGUAUGUAUAUACAUAUGUAUAUCCUUUGCGCAUCCUGAAUAAGUACCGCCGGGACCAAUCACCAAGCAUCUCCUUUUUCUCUUUCAUCCUUAAAGCCUCUCCUGUUCCUUCCACUCUUAUUCCCGAUCAUUAAAUUAUCCUCAAAAUAAAGUGGUACAUUGCUCUCUCUCUCUCUCUCUCUCUCUCUCUCUCUCUCUCUCUCUUCCUCUCUCUCUCUCUUUCUCUCUCUUUCUCUUCCUUUAUCUCCUUUUUCCUUAUAAACAACGAGCAAAUUUACAUGCAUUUAACAAAUGGCAAGGUUGUAUAUGUAUCGUCACUGCAUUAAAAAUAAAAAGAGAGAAAGAGAGAGAGAAUGAGAGAAUGAGUUAAGAAAUCAAAUCGACGAGCUUAAUUAAACAACGCGUGGAUGUCGUACGAAUGCAAACGCAAAUGAAUAAAAGCAACAACUUCCCUAUCAGAGUUUAAGAAAUCUUUGGCUCUGCAUCGAGUAUGCACUCAAGUGUGUCUUGCAACGGAAUAAAUUCGCUCGGUAUAUUCUGUUCUUUGUGUGUAUUUAUGAUACCAGCUAUUAUCUAGUCGACUUGAGACGGUAAGCAAGGCACGUCUCCUGAUAUCGACGAAAACGUCGAUGCGAAUCGAUCUAAGCGAGUUUUCUGAUUAUUUUUCCCUUUGAUCUCUCCUUCUCUCGUGAGACAAAGAAGUAAACAAGAACAAUGUCAAUGUUGCCUUCUGAUUCGAUCUUGUUGUUGUUGUUAUCCUUGUCUCUGUAGUCUUGUUGUUCAAUGAUCUCUCUAAUGGCUUUUCUUUUUAUAAUCUGUCAAACAAUAAAUGGGGUAACGUGUGUAUGGUCCGUACAUGUUUUGAAGCGGCCGUAAUAUUGCUACAAGUGAAUUCUCCAGAUUUUCUAAAGUAAUACGAUCUUCGGCGAAAUCUCGUGGAACAAUUGAAGAAUAGAAAAUUCGAAAUUCCCUCGUAUCGAAUACUUUGUCGAGCUGACUCGGUCAGUCAAUAAAUUCAAAUCGAUGAGCUUUAAAAAUAUUUUAAAAGAAGGAAAGAGAGAGAGAGAGAUUGAUGCGUUUCAAAUAACCGAGUUAACUUGAUAAGUCUUUUAAAGAACUUUUGCAUUUGUGAGGUGGUUGGACGAAAAGGUAAGCGAAAUAAAGAAGCGAAAGAUGAGAGGAAAAGAGAGAGAGAGAGAGAGAGAGAGAGAGAGAGAGAGAGAAACAAAUAAAAGAAUGCAUAUCCGCGGCGGGCACAAUAAGCACGCACGCACAACAGUUUUUAAAGAGAAAUGAAGAACAAGUGUAUCGUCGGUUAUAUCGUCGUGUAUAUAUAUAUAUAUAUAUAUAUAUAUAUAUAUAUAUAUAUAUAUA